AUGAACAAUCGUAUCACGCGCUCCGUACUGGAGGACAACCACGAAAAGCUCAUCGAUCAGUACCAAGCAAACCUUGCAGAUGUGUCUGCUCUCCAAUCAACCUUGGACGAUGAGAUCCUGUCCCAUCUGGCCCAAGAAUUGGCACUCAGUGACGCAGACCACACAUGGGCGAAAGAAUGGAUCUCGGAUACAGCAACCAUUUUCCGUUUCUUACGGCACCACAGAUUCAUUCGUUCAUUUGCAUUGGAGGCCAUACACACGACACUCAUUUGGCGUCUAAACGCGUUGCGACUCUCCGCUCUCCCUUCUACACUGCUUCAUUGCCUUCCACCGCCGAUCUGCGAUCCACUUGGCCGUCCCCUCGUGUUUCUCCAGUUGUCAGAAUUGCUGACUUGCGAGCAAACAAUGAUGGAUAGGUUGUUGAUCUCCCUCGAACGCCUGCGCAUUCAUCUGCGCUCGCUCAAUACACACACUCUUGAUAAUGAGAAUGCAAACCGUGAAAUAAUCCUCCAAUGUGUUUUCCUCGUCGAUCUUGAAGGUCUAUCAAUCCAAUCGGCUAACCUUAAAAUUUUAACAUGGUUCAUGAAAGAAGUAGUUCCCCGAUACCCUGGAAUGCUUGGUGCAGUAUUCCUCCUCAAUUACUCUUGGACGUACGCAAUGACCUGGUCCGUUGCAAAGUGCCUACUUCCUAAUUCCGCAGCUGCCCGAGUCUUCUUUCCAUCCAGGGAGGAGCUUCUCCACUAUUGCUCUCCCUCAGCGCUCCCAUCUAACUAUGGCGGUGCACUCUCGCCACUCCACCUCAUUGAAGAUCCACUCAUUUCGGACGCCCAUAUGAAUGUGGAUGACGCUUCUCUCGCUUCACGUGAAUGGUGCAUGCCGGCGCCCAUCAUUGAGCUUCCUCUUCCUCUUCCUGAAACCUUACUCCGGCACCCUUCGUCCGUAUUCAUACCACCUCGAUCCUCCCUCAACCCUUUUUUCGGCUAUCCUACACUCGCUUCCCGUUCAAGACCGCACACGCACAUGGUGCAUCAAGGUCGCCGGCGGAAACGUGAUCUACUCUUGACCCUCUCGGUGCUCUUGUGGCGAAGAUGGAGAAGACGGGGCACACGCAUCGUCUUACUGUUACUGCUUAUCGCAGCCUGUCUCACACGGAAAAGAGUCGGGAGAGCAGCACGAUGGAUACUGGCGGUAUCAAUACCAAUAUCAAUACCUGGCAGCACCCUGCCACGCAUAACUUGGCCUGUAUGAUGAAAUCGAUGAACCGGUAUAUCAUUUCGGCGGUGCUGAGAAGCCACGCAGCCAAGAAGUGCCGAGGCGUUUACAUAACCAUAACCUUGCCUUGUGAUCUGCACACCUAGUCUGCAUGUAAACAUUAUUGAUUAAUCAAUCGUGAUUCUCGACUAGGCGGAAUGACACGUUCGCUUCUCCGGCGUGUAGCCCAGUCCUGGUUACUUUCGUGAACAUUUCUGGCAAAGGCCAGGAUGUCCGCAAGA